AUGGUUAUAUUUCAAGAUCCAGCGGUGUUGGAGGACUUUAUGAAUUCUCAGCUGGACCAACGAUGUUUGGGUACUCUGAAGCUCUGGGACCUUAUCCAAGGCAAAGAGCUCUUCCAACGGAUCCACAAUGCCCAAGGCCAUUACGACGCCAGAGCCCAUCUUGCAGAGAUAAUCAACUAG